CGCAAUGUCUAAUAACCCUGACAGCUAAUGCCUCAAAAAUAAAUAAAGAUAAGAAAUGACAGUGUCAAAGUUUAACCCCAACCAAAAAGAAAUUUGAAGUAUUUGGACAAAAAUUAUUUCUUUAAAUACUAAAUUGAAAGUGAAAUAUGUAAUUUCAUUGAAAAAUUGGCCUCACUCUGAACAAAAAAGUUUCAUGAUGACUGACAUAAAAACAGGUUGCUCUUACCGAGACAACUUAAUAGCAGAAUGGUUCAGAAUGGACAGAAACGAAAACAGUAGAGCGGAGCUUAAAGCUUUACUCGAACAAAAAAAGUAUGACGAGGUAUCAAACUUACUAGGUAAAAGACUGGCAUUUGGAACAGCCGGUUUAAGAGGAAGAAUGGGAACAGGUACAGCUCAGCUGAACGAUCUGGUUAUCAUUCAAACUGCUCAGGGAUUUCUGAAAUAUCUGAUCAAAACUAACGGAACUUUAUUGAAGAAUGUUGGCCUCGUCAUUGGGUAUGAUGGGAGGCAUAAUAGUAAAAGGUGGGCAGAAUUAACAGCAACAAUAUUUAUAUCUGCUGGGUACCCAGUACUUUUGUUUGAGGACAUGGUACCUACACCCUUUGUUCCUUUUACUGUUAUGCAAUUUGGUUGUGUUAGUGGUGUUAUGGUAACAGCAUCGCAUAAUCCAAAAGAAGACAACGGUUACAAAGUAUACGGUCCAAAUGGAGCUCAAAUUAACACACCCGUUGAUGAAGAUAUCCAAAAUUCUAUACUUGAAAAUUUGGAACCUCUAGAGAGUUCAUGGAACACUGGUAUCUUAGCUGAUAAUCCGUUGCGUAAGAAUCCUUCGUGUGAGAUUAUUUACCGUUACCUAAAUUACAUCGAUCAGGCGAUAUUGCCCGAAAGUAAAGAACUGAAUAAAAAAGUUAACAUGCUGUUCACGUAUACCGCAUUGCAUGGUGUCGGUUACAAAUAUGUUCAGCAAGUUUGCGACAAAAUCAAUGCUAGAAUUUUCGCGGUACCAGAACAAAGGGAUCCUCAUCCAGAUUUUCCUACUGUAAAGUUUCCAAAUCCUGAAGAAGGGAAAAGUUGUCUAGAGUUAUCUAUGAAAUAUGCCGACGCAAAUGACAGCAAAUUAAUAAUGGCUACUGAUCCUGAUGCCGAUAGAUUCGCAAUGGCAGAAAAACUAACAGAUGGGUGGAAAAUAUAUACCGGCAAUCAAUUGGGCGCCAUGUUUGCUUGGUGGAUGUUGCAUUCUUUCAGACAGUCCAAAUCUACGGUACCGAUUAAUAAAGUUUACAUGAUAUACAGCACUGUUAGUUCUAUGAUUUGCAAGUCCAUGGCUAAAGUAGAAGGAUUUAACACUAUAGAUGUUCUUACAGGAUACAAAUGGUUAGCAAACAAAGCUUAUGACCUGGAAAAGAAAGGAAACAAAGUGAUUUUGUGCUUCGAAGAAGCCAUAGGAUACAUGUGUUCCACCGAAGUGUUAGACAAAGAUGGAGUAUCUGCGUGUGCGCAGAUGUGUUCGUGCGCGUCAUACAUCUACAACCAGUCUAAAACGAUGAAUAAAUUAUUAGAUGAAAUAUUCGAUAAAUAUGGUUUACAUAUCACUAACAAUUCUUAUUAUGUAUGUAAAGAUGCAGAGGUAAUAAAGAAAAUUUUUGAAAGGAUUAGGAAUAUUCGAGGACCAAAUACGUAUCCUCAAUCGAUUUUGAAUGGUAAAUAUAAAAUCAAAAAUGUAAGGGAUGUAACAACAGGGUUCGAUGAUAACCAGCCAGAUAAGAAAGCUAUAUUACCUGUUUCGCCCAGCGCUGAAAUGAUAACAUUCUAUUUCGAAAAUGGUUUGGUGUGUACCUUGCGGACUAGUGGUACUGAACCUAAAAUAAAGUACUACACCGAAAUAUGUGCAUCUCCAGAUAACAAAGACAAAGAAGCAGUGAAUUCAACGCUCCAGGAAAUGUCAAAGGCCAUUUGCGAAGAAAUGUUGGAACCAUCCAAAAAUAAUAUAAUACAUCAAUCUGAUAUAAAAAAAUAAAAUAAUUUAACUCAUGUUGUGCGAUACUUUAUUAAAAAUAAAAAUUGUG